CCGUUUAAAGACUUCCUGGUCGGACUGAACUGAACUUCAGCAGCAGUGACAGUUUUGGGUGUCGCUUAACUUCCAAACACGGAACCGAGAGCGUGCUGCUUGAUUGGCUCAUUGCCUACCUGUGCGUGCGUCCACAACACACGUUUUUUGUUUUUGAAUAUAGAGGCAUAAUUAAUUGCCCAGAGGAAAAUGCGCGGCGCAAUGAAACACUUUAAAACGCUGGUGUUAGUGCCCGCUUCCAACUCAAGGCAAUGAAACACGAAAAACGAUGAGUCGGCUGCACCAAACACGGUAUAUUUAACCUCUGCGCUUCACAAUGUGUUCAAUUCCUGGGCUUCCAACGCCAGGAUCAGAAGUUCCUGUUCUCAUCACAAGGGUAAACCUAAACCCCAGUUGUGGUCUUGUGGAAUUAUGGGUUAAUAUGGAUGAUGGAAGGAAGCAUAUUUAUGAGCAGAUGAGAGAGGACAUUCAGAUUCCUAAAAAGAAAUUUAAUGGAUCAGAAGGAAAGCCAGGAGACCUCUGUCUGGUUCACAUCAGCGACACCUGGCACAGAGCUCGGAUUGUAUCGAUUCAAAGUGAAACUUACAAUCUUUUUCUAAUUGACCAGGGACGCCCCCAUAUCACCACAAGUGAAGCUUUAGCAUGGGGCCAGAGUGACAUUUUUCUACUUAGUCCUGAAAUUGAAACAUGCAUACUUGCAAAUUUCCUCUCCCUUGAGAAUAACUGGCAUCAAAGAGCCACAAAGUUUUUGGAGUCUCUGCCUGGGAAGAAGUUUAAGGGACAUGUUCAACAUGUCCUGAUGCCAGACAGGACCAUUCUCCUUGACUUACCAAUUGUUUCCAAGCACAUGUGCAAGAUUGGAGUGGCGAAGAAGAUACCAGUAGACGAGUUCAAAUGUCUUGUACUGAAAUGUCUUCAUUUACCAAAAGGGGUAACUUCUGAGGCUGAGCGCACAACGCAGGAGCUGAAUCUAAAUGUUAGUUGCCAACGUGAGAAGCAUGAACAAUACUUUUACCCAGAGCUCUUAACUGACACUUUUGAAACUGUUAAAGUGACAGAGGUAACUAAUCCACAGAACAUUUUUUGCACACUCCUCAUUUUUUCCAAGGCAGUGAAGAUAUUAUCAGAGCAGAUGCAGCAGCACUAUGAGGGGAGCUCAGAUUUAGGAGAGGCACAACCACAGACUUGCGGGGAUCCAUGUGCUGCUAGAGGGAUAAACGGCAGGUGGCAUCGCUCGUUAUUAAAGCAAAACAUGAUGAGCGAUAGUGCUGUAGAAGUCUUCCAUGUGGAUGAAGGAAAAACUGAAUUAGUUGCAGUUGGAGACAUCAAACCACUGCAUGGAAAAUUCCUGAGAAUGCCAGUUUUCACAUAUCCCUGUUCUCUUGAUGGUGUAAAAGAUAAUGGCACUGCGUGGACUAAAGACCUGACAGAUUACUUGAAAUCACAGCUCCUGAACCAGACAGUCACAGUGAAGUUUGUUCACCACAAUAUACCUCAAGAUGUCUACUAUGUAACUCUCUAUGCAGCUAAUGGUGCAUGCAUAAAUAGUAGUUUUAUAGAGAAGGCCGGACUUUUUCCACCCUCUGAUACUGAAGAUUCAAAUGUCCAGAAUGAACCUAUUCCCUCAUCAUUUCUCAGUUCACUUGGAGACAAACGAUGCAUGAAUUUAAAGAACAAAAUCAACAUAAAUGUUAAUGGUUCACCUGAGGAAACUUUGUCAGGAACCAAGAAUGUAGCAGUCAAUGGCAGGACAAAUGAUGUACCCACCUCUGGCGCUGAUGAUGUUCAUAUCGAAGAUGGCUCAGAGCAUCCAUACCCUCUAAUACAGAGCAACGGGCAUCUUUCAACAGGUUUCCCCUCUGAGGUGCAAAAUUCUUGUAAUGACAAUGUGUUUACUGUAGGAAGGAGUGUCAAUGUAGAAGUAUCUUACAUUGAAAGUCUACAAAAGUUCUGGUGUCAAACAACAGAAAACGGUGACUCUCUUAGACGCCUAAUGCAAGAUCUACAAAACCACUAUGCAUCCGCUCACCCUCAGCCACUUGUUGAGUUCACUUGUGUGGCCCGUAAUCCAGACAAUGGCAUGUGGUACAGAGCAAGGAUUGUUGCAAGCCACCACUCCCCUGUUGUUGAUGUUAGAUUUAUAGACUAUGGUCAAACUCGAAAGGUCCCUCUGCGAGAUGUGCGUCCCAUUGAUCCCUCUUUCUUAUGGCUGAAUGCACAGGCUUUUCAGUGUUGCUUGUUCAAUCCGAAGAAUCCCACUGACGUCACAUGGACUGAUGCUGCAUUACCAGAGUUUCUGAAGUUUGUGAAUUCAGGUGCUUCGUCAAACAGUGGCUUGAAAUGCAUUGUAAAAGCUGUAACGACUGAUGAAGAAGAUCUCCUGCUUAACGUAGUAGAUAUUGAAACACCGUCUGACAGUGCUUGCAAGCUUCUGGCUCAGAAAUGUGCACAGGCUGACGCUCACAUGCAAAUUCCACCACAGGUCCCACCUGAUGCAUACAGUUACUCCAAACACAAUAUUGAGGUGGGUGGAAAAGAAAAGGUGUGGGUAACCUCUUCAGAAAAUGUGAAUCACUUCUACUGCCAACUGAACAGGAAUUUUCAUUUAUUCAAUAAAGUGAUGGAAAAUGUCCACCAUUUAAUUGGCCAGCCACAGUGCACAGAUCACCCACUUGGACCUAAUAGCAUUUGCUUUGCUAGGUACACUGAUAAUCAGUGGUACAGAGGUCAAAUAGUAGAAAUGUCUCCAAAACUUACAGUGCGCUUUGUGGACUAUGGUCAGACUCUUGCAGUAAAUGAAUCUGAUAUUUGCCCCUUUCCCCCUGAAAGAUGUAUCGCCAGGUCUGUUCCCGUGCAGGCUGUUCCACUUGGACUGUUCAGUGUCCCUGCAGAAGUGCCACAGGAAGUCAACCAGUGGUUUGCAGAUUAUGCGAUUGGCCAUAGUUUCACAAUUUCUGUGGUAGCAAAAGAGGCAAAUGGGAAGCUAAUUGUCGAACUGCUUGAUGGAUCUCUGAAUGUAAAUGUGAAAAUCAGAGAGAGGUUAUCAAAGAUCCAACAAAAGACGACUGUUGGUGUUCAGCAGACUGAUCAGCCGCUCUCUAACAGCUCACAACACGUUUGUGUGCAGAAUGAGGACUGUUUAACGCAAGAGCUCAUGAACAAAUCAGUAAUAAAAGACAUAACAGAAGAAAGUCAAAUCCACAGCAGCAAUGGGAUGUGUACUAGAGACAAGCUAAAGAUGAGUUUACAAUCCACAACUAAUGUUUCUGUACCAGAGAGGGAACAUGGAAAGACACUGGAUGAAAGAAGAAAACAAACUGUGUUGGCAGAGACUUUCAAACAAGGUGGCCACAGUGACUCAGAAAUUACACAACCUUCCCUUCCUUGCCCUGAGGAAAAUAUAAACAUCUACAUGUACAAGAAGCCAAACAUUUCUCUAAACAAGACAGAGGAUGUAUUUGCUUCCUGCAUUGUGUCCCCACAUUACUUCUGGUGUCAGUACGCCAACACUGAAGACCUGAACAUAGUGUCAAGGCUUGCUCAGGAGGUAGGACAUCAACAACAGGACAUGACUCCCAAGACUUUACAUCCUGGUAGCCCAUGCCUUGCUCUGUUUUCCAAUGACAACCAGUGGUAUCGAGCUCAGGUAAUUCAAAGAACUGACAAUACACUCCAUGUUGUGUUUAUUGACUAUGGAAAUGAGUCUGAUGUUGACAUCAAGAAUGUGAGACCUCUGCCUCAGAGUCUGCUGGAGAAGGCUCCUCAGGCUUUUCUGUGCUCUUUGAAUGGAUUUGAUGAGUCCAAGGGCUCCUGGGAUGACGAUGUUUAUGACAACUUCUACAAUGUCUUGGUUGAUAAACCACUCAGAGUAACAGUGUUUGGUAUGGAAAACCAUACAGAGAUUGAGGUUUCUCAAUAUUCAGUGCAAAUAGAGUGUGAAAAUAUGGGUGUAAAUGACACAAUGCAGAAAUACUGGAAACCAGCCACAGAACAUGUUUUUACAGAAAGCCCUCAAACAGAAAACUUACUGCAGAGUGAUCAAACUGAGUCCAACAUGACACACCUUGAUGUUUCCAAAGGAAAUGUGAACUCCUGCAUGUACAAGAACCCAAACAUUUCUAAAACCAAAAAAGAGGAGGUAUACGCCUCUUGUAUUGUAGAACCCCAUUUCUUCUGGUGUCAGUACGCCAACACAGAGGAGCUCAACAAAGUCUCAAGGCUUGCUCAGGAAGCAGGACAGGAAGAGCAGGACAUGAUGUUCCCCAAGACUCUUGGUCCUGGCAGUCCAUGCCUUGCUCUGUUUUCCAGCGAUAAACAGUGGUAUCGAGCUCAAGUAAUUCACAGAAGUGACGUUGCAUUCCACGUUGUGUUUAUUGACUAUGGAAAUGAGUCUGAUGUUGACCUCAAGAAUGUGAGACCACUUCCUCAGAGUCUGCUGGAUGAAGCUCCUCAGGCCUUUUUGUGCUCUUUGAAUGGAUUUGAUCAGUCCAAGGGCUCCUGGGAUGACAAAGUUGAUGAAGACUUCUACAAUCUUCUGGUUGAUAAACCACUCACAGUGACGGUGUUCAACAUGGAUGACCAUUCAGAGAUUGCAGUUCCUCAAUAUGCAGUGGAAAUUGAGUGUGAGGGAGUGGUUGCAAAUGCAGUAAUGCAGAAAUACUGGAAACCAGUUGCCAAAGAACACGCUUCAAUAAAAAACCCUCCGAAUGAAAACUUACUCCAGUUUGGUCAAACAGAGUCCAACAUGACACAUUUAUGUGUUUCCAAAGGAAAUAUGAAUACUUCCCUGUACAAGGAGCCAAACGUUUUCAAAAACAAAAAAGAAGAGGUAUACGCCUCUUGUAUUGUGGAACCCCAUUUCUUCUGGUGUCAGUAUGCCAACACAGAGGAGCUUAACAAAGUCUCUAGGCUUGCUCAGGAAGCAGGACAGGAAGAGCAGGACAUAAUGUUCCCCAAGACUCUUGGUCCUGGCAGUCCAUGCCUUGCUCUGUUUUCCAGCGAUAAACAGUGGUAUCGAGCUCAAGUAAUUCACAGAAGUGACGUUGCAGUCCACGUUGUGUUUAUUGACUAUGGAAAUGAGUCUGAUGUAGACCUCAAGAAUGUGAGACCACUUCCUCAGAGUCUUCUGGAUGAGGCUCCCCAGGCCUUUUUGUGCUCUUUGAAUGGAUUUGAUCAGUCCAAGGGCUCCUGGGAUGACGAAGUUGAUGAAGACUUCUACAAUCUUCUGGUUGAUAAACCACUCAAAGUGACAGUGUUCAACAUGGAUGACCAUUCAGAGAUUGCAGUUCCUCAAUAUACAGUGGAAAUAGAGUGUGAAGGAGCGGUUGUGAAUACACUGAUGGAAAAAUACUGGAAAGGACAGGACACAGACCAUGCCUCGGCAGAAAAUUUGGGAUCAGCUCUGGACCCAUAAAUGCCCAUGUGGACACCCAGUUGUGACAUGACUUGUUUGAUCAACUCCAACAUUAAUAACUAAAUGAAAGGAAGCUUACCAUGUGGUUAAUUUAUGUAAAUAAACAUACAAUACUUGCA